AUGUCUUUUUUCUCAAAAUUCACAAAAAAAUUAUAACCACAAGGUUUGGGUUUAAGGGAGCAAUUCAUGUAAAUUUUAGAUAAUGUGCUUAAACCAAAUAUUAAAUGUAACUUAAAAGAAUGCGCCGAUAUUCUUGCCCAGUAUUUGAUAAAAAGUGAAUGUAAAUUAUAUUAUGAUAUACAAGAGCAUAUAUCCACUUUAUUUGAAUUCUUAGCUACCAUUACAUUUGAUUUUCAACCAAUGCAAGUUAUUCAAUUAUUAGCAAUACUUCAUUAAUUAUUAUCGAAAGAUGAAUUAACUAAAAAUAUAUCCAUUAAAAUAAGAACUGUGAAGAUGCCUUGGCUAUAAAACAUAGGAACUUUAAAUGGAAUAAUGGAAUAGAGGGAAAAAUGUUAGUAAAGUUCAUCAAUCAUUCAAUUGAAUGAAAUACCAUACCAAGAGCCAAGCUCUCAAUUUUAGUACAUAUAACAGUGCUACUUUUAUUUAUAAUUGCUUUCUUAAAACAUAGAUUUAUAUUAUGCUAUCUCAUUUAAUAAUUAUCCAUAUAAUGCUAGAUAUGAGAUAGAUCACAGAUUGUAGUGCACUUGGAUUUACAAGAUUUAGAAUAUUAUGAACUACGCAAUUCAGUUACUAGCUUACAAUCAAGAAUAUAUUGAGAUUUAGAAAGUUAUUUAUUUGGAUAUGCUAAAAUUUCAUUCCUUCAUUUGUUAAGAGAUAACUUUGGUCUUAGAUUCAUAUGCUACUUUGGGAAGGUGUUACACUUUGAGUUUGUACGAGAUAUUUUGUGAAAGUAAUAAGCAUUACGAAUAAUUGAAGAGGUUUUGGAAAGAGAUUGGAUUAUAAUAGCCUGAGCAAUGUUUGUUAUCGAAUAGUUUGUUAUAAGAAUUUUUGCUCUUUGUGUAGAAAUUGAAAUUACUGAAUUAGAUGGUGUAUAAAAAGAAAAUAACAGUUCCAUCAUCUAAAAUUAAGAGUAUAAAUAAGAAAAUGAAUACCAGAAAAGGAAGUCAGUGUCCGAACGAGGAAGAACUAGCCUCAGUUGAGGAUAGUGAGACUCAUGAGGAGGUUUUCAUGUCAAAUCAAUCGAAGAGAGAUUUGAGAUUAGUUCCGUCUUUUGGUGUUUAAUAGUGA